GGGGCCCCCGCCCGCGCCGUACAGCUGGGCCAGUGACGCUGGCGCAGCCGCCGCCGCCGCCGCCGCGUUCCAUCCUCAGGAGCCGGCCACAGCUCGCGUCCUCCUCCUCCCUCAGCGCCCCGCAGCGCAAGCCAGACCAGGGCACGCGAGGCUUCGCGGGGACCCGACGGGGAGUGCAGGCGCGCGCGCGCAGCGGCGGAGCGGGUUCGGCGACGCGGGAGCUGCUAGCGCCCCCUUCCCGGAGGUCUCGGCGCCGCUCCCGGGUGAAGCGACUCCUGGCUGGCUUUAGGAUUCUUCUGGAUUUUAAAGUCAUUCUUUAAAACAAAACAAAACAAAUAAAUAAAAACCUCAGACGGAUAAAAGAUGUGCCAUGGCAGGAUAGCACCAAAAAGAAGCUCAGAAUUUUUUGUGGCUUCCGCGGGGCAUGGAGUGUUUCUUCAACUGGUGAUCCUUUGUACUCUGUUGGGAGAUGGAUUAGCCUCUGUGUGCCCUCUGCCCCCAGAGCCAGAGAAUGGUGGCUACAUUUGCCACCCCCGGCCCUGCAAAGACUCCUUGACAGCAGGCAGUGUCAUCGAGUACCUGUGUGCAGAAGGUUACAUGCUGAAGGGUGACUACAAAUACCUGACCUGCAAAAAUGGCGAGUGGAAGCCAGCCAUGGAGGUUAGCUGUCAUCUCAAUGAAGACAAAGAACCCCAUAGAUCACUUGGAGUCCCUGCGUUGUCCAUAGUGGCUUCCACUGCCAGCUCUGUGGCACUCAUUCUUCUCCUCGUGGUGCUGUUUGUACUGCUGCAGCCGAAGCUGAAAUCUUUCCACCAUAGCAGGCGUGAACAGGGGGUUUCUGGGGACCAGGUCUCCAUCAUGGUGGAUGGGGUCCAGGUUGCACUACCUUCAUACGAGGAAGCUGUGUAUGGAAGUUCUGGUCACUGCAUGCCACCGGCUGAUCCCAGAGUACAGAUUGUUCUGUCAGAAGGGUCUGCACCUAGUGGGAGGAACAUGCCAAGGGAGCAGCAGCUGCAAGGCCAGGCGGCCUGCUCCUCUGCAGGUGGAGAGGAUGAGGCCCCAGGCCAUUCUGGGCUGUGUGAAGCCUGGGGUUCCCAGGGCUCAGAGACUGUGAUGGUGCACCAGGCAACCACAUCUUCCUGGGUGGCCGGCUCAGGGAGCAGCCGACUGACACACAAAGACACUGCAGAUUCAGAGAACAGUGACAUACAAAGCCUUUUAUCCCUGACAUCAGAGGAGUACACAGAUGAUAUCCCACUGUUGAAAGAAGCAUGAGGGCUGCCACUGGCCUCUCUCCUCUCUGCCCGUCCUCUCUCUUCCUGUGGGUUUGAGUACCAUGUCCUCUCCAGCUGCCCCACCUGGAUGCCUGAGCUGCCACCUGUGUAUCUCUUACGUACCUGAGAGCCUGCAGGCCACCUUGCUGGAUACUCAAGGAAGAUUCUCACCAUCUGCUCACUGGACAGCUGGAGGACCUGGCUCUUUGCCUGGCCCAGCCUUCCCAUCUGUCAGGGACAUGUCUGAAUGUGCUGGAUUGAACCCUCCCUUUCCCUCAGCCGCUGGGUCCCUUCCAGCCAGCCCUUGGUGGCUGCCCCACAGCCAUGAGGGCCUGAGCACUGCUGUGUUUACUCGUGCCUUCCCCCACCCUGUCCAGGUUCCCUGCUGUGCAGGUGGGUUGCUGUCCACAGGCCUUAGUGGCUACUGCCACCUGUACCCAGGGGCUAGGCCUGCGGCUGCAAAAACAGAUUGAAGAGUAGUAAGGCACUCAAAGCAGGAGUAGCUCAUGUUGGGUCCAGAAUGUGGGUCCCUGAGCUUGCCCUGUGUGUUGACACUGAUGGCAUCUUCCUUAACUAAGAACAGAAGGUUUGGGAAGUCUUGCCAAAGCCGCCCAGCACUCAGCUGACCAGCUCUGGUGCAGGCUCCUGGCUCUUUUGAGAGUUUCCAAGAGCACCCAGAAGACCCGUGGGAGGGAAGAAGGGUGUCAGAUAAUGAUUGUCUUCCUAAUAUGCAAGUUCUCACUUCCUGCUUCCAGCACUGGCUGUCUUGGCCUUGGUUUCUGUUCCUGGAUAAGGGGAAGUUGCAUGCUGUUUCCUGGACUUAGUCCUAGGUAGCUCUGGCUUCCUUGCAGCCCACAGAAUCCUGAGAUUUGCUGAGAUACCAACAGAAGCUCAUCUGGCUUUUGGCAGUCUGGGCAAGUUGCUCAUUUUUAGGUUUGUGGUGAUGGAGGGGAGGCUGAGAGGUAUAGACCAAGCCCUGGUGGCUGCAGGCAGCUCCGGCCAGGUCCUGAGGACCCUCCUCACCACCGUCAUGUGCCUUAGUAACUAUGCCCAGGAAGUGGCCUGCUGGGCCGCUGCUCCUCCUCUGCUCUCUUCUCCUGCCUUUCCACAGGUCAUCGUUGACAAGCCACUCUUUAUCUUCCCUACCAGAUGAUAGAGAUUGGUGGGUACCCAGGAACCUGAGAUAUAGCUCCUGAGAGUGGGAAAGGGCUGGCCUUGAAGAAAUGCUCCAGCCAUUUUGCUGGGGCCUCCUAUGGCCCUGUACUAAAUGCUGACAAGUCUGGGUAACUGAGCCCCACCAGGCUUCUACCAUCUUGAGAAGACAGAUUAAGGAAUGUGUGCUUUUUCUUCUUCUCUUCCUCCUCUUCCUCUUUCUUAUGCUCCUCUUCUUUCUCCCCCUCCUCAAGCCUGGGGCUGGGAAACUUCAGAGUCAAUCCUGGACUGCACCUAUGAUGGGCCUCUCUGGGGUGGUAAUAGUAAUUAAAACCCAGUGUAUUUAUAGUUCCUGACACAACAGGGUUAGCUCCAGGUAUCAGUGGCCUCAAAAAUAGGGGAAUAGCUUCUCCUAGCUCACUGCCCACUGCCUCCAUUCACAAUGCACUUUAGUCCUUGUCAUGCCUGGCUUCCUGCUACCCUCAACUCCUCUCAGGAUAAGGGCAGUGCCUGCUGCCCCUGCUGGCCACUCCCACACUAACCCAGGAGGCCAGUCCAUUGUGCCCCGUGUCCAGGCUACCAGUGUGGUUGGCUGAGGAAGGGACUGGAGAAGGUGCUUAGACUAGAAGACUAAAACACACCUAGCAACUGUUGCUGCCACUGGCUUACCUGUGGGUGGGCUCCAAGGUCCCAAGCCACCUCACCAUGGCUCUUCUUCAGCUUCAGUGGUGUCCAGCCUCCUCAAGGGAGAACUGGGCAAGGAGCACAAGUCUGAAUGGGCCUUCCUCUUUUGCUUACGCUCUUCUAAAAUCUGAAUUCUGUUCCAGGAGUUUUAAAAUGAAAGAUACUCCCUCUUCUGUGUCUUUACCCUGAGCUUUUGCCCCUUACAGAUUGCACUUUUGUUUGGGGCUAUUUAGCCUUGUAGGUGACUGGCUUGGGCCUUCGGUAAAAGAACGUCCUGGUGCCUCGUUUUCUCCCAGCAUCCAUUAGCCUGCUCUGGGGAUCAUGGGCCCAGGAUCUCCUAACUGAAGGAUAAAGGGCCACCCAUGUUCCCCAUCCGAUUGUCACUGGCUUUUAGAAGGUCUGUUCUUGAGGUUUCCCACCUACUGUUGCUGCCAUCUGUGACUUCUUCUUGCAUUGUUUCUUUCUUCUAAAGCAAUUUCUUACCCAUAAGCCAUGUGCUGUGGUUUCUGGGGCAUCUGGACUUUGUCCAUUACAGAAGGACUGGGGGACUUAAUUGCCUUGAAGUGGAGCCUGGCUAGAAACAGGGUCAGUAGCAGGUGGCAGGCUGUUGGACAGAAAGAAGCUUAGAGCAAGUGGGAAGAAACUACGCAGCCUACUUUACUGGGCUCACCUCCAGGGGCUUCCUGAGACUUGUCCAAAAGAGGCAAUCAGCACCAAAGGACUUUUACACAGGGUUUUUUGGUUUGGGAGAUGUUUUUGCUUUUUCAUACUUAUACUGACUCAAUGCAGGUUUUAUAUCCUGGUGACUUGCUGUCACAGUCUAUCAGUUUUAAAGGGCCAGAAUGAUGAAAUAAACAGAAAAUUCCGUCCUUCCAUGCCUUAGUUUAACAGGUAGGCUCUAUCUGCCCAGUUCUGUGUUUUGUGUGUUUCACUGUGUGCGAGCUGUGAAAUGGGCAGAGUCCUGACCACUUUGUGGGUUUGUUUGGUUUUAUAAGGCAUUUCAGUGUACAUUCUACAAGCACUCCAUUUGCAAAGAGAACUUAAAGUAAUACCGUCUUCCCCAUUCUUCCUGCCCUCCUCCCUGCACCCCCAGCUUUACAGUUCUGUAAAGAAGCCAGGCUACAAGACAGACAAAGGUAUACUUUUCCUGCUUUGAGAGUGGCCAAGUGGGGAUAGAUGGCAGUUGGCAUUUUCCUCCCAGUCCCGUCAGAGCUCUUGAGUCACUUGGCUUCUUGCAUAACAGUAUCUCCUCUGUUCCUGAGGAACAUUCUAGCAUAGAAAAUGGAAUAUGCUGCAGACGUGUUUAGAUCCUUCCUCCCUUCCCCCUCCCUAAAGAGCAAAGAGUCUGGAAGGGACACACAGCAUGGAAGCUACGCAGCUUAAUUCCAGGUGUACUUGUGGCUGACAGUGCAGCUAGAGCCUCCUGGGGCUGCUGGGCUUUCUGCAGCCUGAGAGAAUAUUUAACUUGGCAUAUAUUUAGGCCGAGUGAUGUGGUAGAUGGUUCCCUGGAAAGCCAAAGGUGGCAGGCCAGUUUUUCUGAGAUGUGACUUAAUACUCACUUGAAAACCUAGUAGAGUUUUGAACAAAGUGCCCCCCCCCCAUCCUCCCCCAGUAGUAGAGCUCACCGUGGGGCAUGUGGAGGAGAGCACUUGGAUUGCCAAGUAAGGAGAGGAAGUAGUUGAGGGUUGCAUGGCUCUAUCCACACUGGCCUGGCUUCUUAAGGCUGUGCACCACUAUGGGAUCCUUUGCAGAAUGGUACUCAUAUAAUGGUUUAAAACAACACAUGCUUAAUUGACUGUGCAGGAUGUCAAUCAAUCUGGGUUUGCUUUAUUUUAUUUUAUAUAUAUAUUUUUUUGGUAUCCUGUACAUUGCAGUGGGUAUGAAGAUAGUAUUUUAAUAUUUGUACAAAGUUUAAUUUAAUUUUAAUUGUUCUAUGUAUAUA